AUGCCAGUUUUCAUCAGAGAAGUCAAGUUCCUUCCUGAUUUCGCUAGAGUUGUUCGUGGCCGAGUAAAUGAAAUGGUUAAGCUCGUUCCUACAGCUAAAAAGGACUUAAAUCCAAAUAAGAAGAUUUCUGGAUGGAAGUCAAAAGCAGAAACAGCUCUAAACAAAGCUCGUGACUACAUGAGGAGCAGAAAAUUCGUUGAUGGCAUCAAGGCUCUGACAGAAGCUAAGGAACUCUAUGAUAGUAGCAUUUUCCCAUCAACAAGAUGGGAUAAAACGGAAAUUCCAUUUGCGAUUUUCUCAAACAGAGCCCAAUGCGCUGCACAGCUCCAAAUGUGGAACCUUGCAAGAAUUGAUAUUAGAUGUGCACUCAGUAUCAAUCCAAAGAUUCCUCAUCUCUACAAAUUACUUCCAUUUGUCGCUGAAAACUUUAACUGUCCAAAGAUGAAGGCAAGGUUCACCAAACUCGCAGAGGAAGCAGCCCAAGAACAUGUUGACUCUUGGUGGCAAGCAAUGUCCGCUAAAGUUGUCGGAUAUCUCUCUUUGAGAGCUUUAGUUGGCGAAAGAAUCGGAUUAUCAGAGGUCAUAAUAGAAGAAGAGGCCAGCCAUGGUAUUCAGGAUAUGUGGACUCCAAUUUCUUUCCCACUUGAUUAUCCACUUCUUCCUUGGCAGAAACCAGAAGACUUAGAGUUAGAAAUCAAAUGA